GGGCGGCAAAGAGAACCAACAACAAAGUGCUGCUAACUCCCUAUCCAACAUUUUCUACUCAAGAUAACAUCAUAUUUAUAUUCCACAAUCGUCCAGUUUAUAGUUUAUUAACAAAAUGGACACUCUUUAAACGAUUUCUACACUUUCGGAAAAGCUUACAACCAUUUCCAUGUAGGGGACGGACGAAAUCCGGUUUGCAUUGUUGUGGUUUAGCGGAGAGCCUGGAAACUCCUCGCCGUGGAUCGGGCCUGGUUUAACACAUAACCUAAUCAAGGUGUAUAUAAAGACAUAAUGUCAAUUUUGGGUCUGAAAAAGAAGCAACCAAAGACUUUUAAAGUCAAAGUCAGCACUAUGGAUGCUGAAAUGGAGUUCAGUUGUGAGGUCAAAUGGAAAGGGAAAGAUUUGUUUGACCUGGUAUGCAGGACCAUCGGCCUGAGGGAAACAUGGUUUUUUGGUCUUCGAUACACAGUGAAAGACACAUAUGCCUGGCUGAAGCCUGAUAAACGGGUUCUGGAUCAAGAGGUUCCAAAGGACUCGCCGAUAACAUUUCACUUUCUUGCUAAAUUCUUCCCUGAAAAAGUUGAGGACGAGCUCGUUCAGGAAAUUACUCAGCACCUCUUCUUCUUACAAGUCAAAAAGCAGAUACUAGAUGAGGAGAUAUUUUGUUCUCCAGAAGCCUCCGUUCUUUUAGCAUCAUAUGCUGUUCAAGCCAAGUACGGGGACUACGAUCCAAACUUUCACAAGCCAGGUUUCUUAGCUCAAGAUGAACUCUUGCCCAAAAGAGUGUUGAUGCAGUAUCAGAUGACACCAGAUAUGUGGGAGGAGAAGAUAACCGCUUGGUAUGCUGAACACAGAAACAUCACAAGGGACGAGGCUGAGAUGGAAUAUCUUAAAAUAGCCCAGGAUCUAGACAUGUAUGGAGUUAGCUACUUUUCGAUUACACAAAAUAAGAGGGACACAGAGCUUCUUCUUGGAGUUGAUGCUCAGGGUCUUCACAUCUACAACCCCAACAACAAGCUCAGCCCUAACAAAUCCUUCCCCUGGAGUGGAAUUCGAAACAUCUCCUACAGCGAGAAAGAGUUUACUAUCAAACCACUGGACAAGAAAAAGGAAGUUUUUAAAUUCUACUCAUCCCAGCUCAGAGUUAACAAACUGAUCUUACAGCUGUGUAUUGGGAACCAUGACCUGUUCAUGAGGAGGAGGAAGGUGGAUUCAAUAGAGGUGCAGCAGAUGAAGGCUCAGGCCAAAGAGGAGAAAGCCAGGAAAAAGGUUGAACGUCAGAUUCUUGCACGGGAGAAGCAGAUGAGAGAGGAAGCGGAGCGAGCGAAAGAAGAGAUGGAGCGGCGUAUGUUUCAGCUGCAGGACGAGGCUCGAAUGGCCAAUGAAGCUCUACUGCGCUCCGAGGAAACAGCCGACCUUCUGGCGGAGAAAGCCCAGAUCGCUGAGGAGGAGGCCAAGCUGCUGGCCCACAAAGCGGCAGAGGCUGAACAGGAGAGGCAGAGGCUGGAGGUCACGGCUCUUAAAACCAAAGAAGAGAAGAGGCUGAUGGAGCAGAAGAUGAGAGAAGCAGAACAACUGGCCGUUAAGCUUGUUGAGCAGUCAGAGAGGAGGCUAAAAGAGGCAGACCACCUGAAACAAGAUCUGAAUGAAGCUAAAGAUGCAGAACGGAGGGCAAAGCAGAAACUUCUAGAAAUCACCAAAACCACAUAUCCUUUAAUAGCAGCGUACUCCAACCCUCCUCCACCAGCUGGACCAGAGAGUCCAGAAAUGGCAAUAGAGAUGGGCAACCCCAUCCAAAUGGACUUUAAAGACUCGGAUAUGAAGAGACUUUCAAUGGAGAUUGAGAGAGAACGGCUCGAGUAUAUGGAGAAGAGCAAACAUCUUCAAGACCAGCUAAAGGAGCUCAAGUCAGAGAUUGAAUCCUUGAAGCUGGAAGAACAGCAGCAGGCUGGCAUUUACAACCUCAGGAGUUAUGCUGAACCGCCUUAUAUCCCACACAGCAAUAGAAACUCAGCCUACAUGGCUCAGAUGGCCUUCUACGAAGAAGUGUGAAAGAACAAUCCGGGCUCUGUUGGAGGAGCGGCAGGGUCUGGAGGAACAGUUUGCAGCUAUCACUGAAGCAUGCAUGUACACCAAAAAUGCAGCAACCUCAUAUACUGUGCUUUUUGAAAAUUAAUAUAUUUCUCUACCAGCCAGUUUUUGGUUUUGUGUACACCUCAAACGUCAUGUAUUACUAAUAUCACAAACAGUUUGGCACUUUCAAGCAUAUGAAACUGUGUUUGUUGAUCACCUGCCAAAAACAUGUCAGAAAUGCGUGCUCUGCAUUAAGGGAUAUUUCUGUGCCUUAAGAUUUUAGCAGGUUUUAACACCACCAGAAAAAAAACACUACGGUUUAGAAUGUAUUUUACCUUCUACUCUUUUCCUAUGGGAUGAUUGAUCAUUUUAACACUAGGUGCCUUUAACACGACACAGAUUUGGAGAGGAUAGUUCACCCAGAAAUGUAAAUUUGCUGUUAAUUUACUCACACUCCAGUCAUACAAGAUGUAGGUGACUUGACUUUUUAAUUUCUUCAGUAGAACGUUAUUACUUGGGGAAUCAUAAAUUGCAAACAUACAGCUAUACCAGCACUUUGAGAGUUAAAAAAACAUUCAGGCUAAACAAAAUUAACAUGUGGCUCAUGGUGAUAAACUGAGUUCUUAUAAUUUGGUUUUAUGCAAGAAACUGGACAUUAUUUACAACUUUUUUUAUCCUUCAGCCAGUCUAACAGUCUAGACCAGGGGUGUCCAAACUUAGUCCUGGAGGGCUGGUGUCCUGCAUAGUUUAGCUCCAACUUCCUUCAACACAUUUACCUGGAAGGUUUAGUAUACUUGGAAAGAUCUUGGUUAGCUGCUUCAGGCGUGUUUAAUUGGGGUUGGAAUUAAAAUAUGCAGGACACUGACCCUCCAGGACUGAGGUUGGCCACCCCUGGCCUAGACGUUCAAUUAACUGCAUUUUGCCUUUUCAGCAGAAAUGACUGUGAUCAGGGCUGGUGCGUCCAUAGAGUCCACAGAAUAAUGAGGGCGGUGUCCGCAACAAUCACAAUGACCCCCCCCAUAGGUCUUCACUUCGCAAACUGGUCACUUUUGUUUUCACUUUCAGAUUAAGGGCGGCGUGAUCGUCACUUGCCUAGAGCGCCAGUUCAACUUGUAACCACAGAUACAUGGACACUGGAGCGUUUUAAAGCUGUGAAGAUCAGUUGAUUCAUUAGUGGAUCGCUCGUCCAGCUGAUCUUCACAGCUUUAAAAUGCUCCAGUGUCCCUGUAUCCGUGGUUACACUCACUAAACAGUGGUGAGCUCGGUGAACUGAUAACCUUCACAGCCAAUCACAGUAAUUUCUGUUGAGCACGUGAACACAAUGGAAUAUCAGUGCUGUUUAAGAACGUGCUCAACAGAGCUCAAAUGUUGGUGGACGUUUUUAAAAUACGAGUACCGAUUGGUAUCGAAUUCCAGUAUUGUGACAACACUACUUUUAGUUGUUUUGACUCUUAGAAGUGCCUGUACUUUUUUUUUAAAUCAAGGUUUCCCCUAAAUGUUUUUAAUGUUCUACUGGAAAAAUCGAAUCUGGGCUAAGAUUAACAACAUACUUUAUUAUUAUUAUUUUUUUGGAUGAACUAUGCUUUUCACUGCAAUAUCUGUGAAUGGAAAUUGAUUUUAAGUAUUCGCCUGUCUUGAACGUUGGACUGUGUUCUUCAUCGAUUUUGUUUCUUCAAGCUUCUUGACUAUAUAGAUGAUUGAUAUUUUCUAGUCCACUCCAGUGCCUUUUGGAAAAGCUUGCACUACUCAUUGAGCUGAGUGAUUCUUUGCCCAUGCUCUCUCUUUUUCUGCUGUAUGACUGGUCAUAUAACCUGCUUGUUGAGCGCAUCAGCUAAAACAGCUCUAUCAAAUUCAGGAACGGAGGUAGAUUGAUGGCCUCUCUGUUUAUAAAUGUGCUGUACUCAUCCAUUUUGGCUGGAGACUGUUAAAUCUGUGACAGUUUUUGAUAUAGUGAUCCACAGGCAGAUUUAUUAGUUUAUCUGCCUUUUUCGGUGCCUAAAUCGACUGAUGCUUGGGCUUAGUGUUAUGGUUAUGAGCCAUGUUAACAUUUGAUCACAUUUCCAUCUGAGUAGCAUUUCAGAUCUUUAAAAACAGUUGUUUUUUUGUCCUUUGUUUCAAAACACAAUGUAUGGAACUACACAGGAUACAUUUUGCACUCUUUUUUUUUGGGAUGCUCUUGGAUAUAAAGACUGUUGCAGAAAUGUUGAUGAGAAAUGAAUUUGUGCGCUCGUAUAUAAAGGGAUGUGUUAUGAUGUUGGUUGUUUAAAGAUUGUUAUGCCUCAUUACGUUACAGCUGAUUUUGCAGCAUGCUAUAUUUUCAGCUAAAUAUAUGCAUUAAGAUGUAUUUUGGAGCAGUAUGUUUUGUAAAUACACUACAUGCAUUGCUAAGUCUUAGUUUAAGUAGUAGAAGACAUUCCUGUUAUCGCACAAUAGCUUGAGUUGUCUUAAAACCGAGUGACUUCACAAGGCAAUUGUUCAUGUUUUAAUGAAUGCCACAAACCCCUGCCAGUUUGAUUUGGUAUUUGUGUUUUUCAUCCAGUUGCACCACAUAACCUUGUGUUUUUGGCAUGGAUUUCAUGACACUGCAAUCUACAAGGAUGACUUUUUUUUCCGUGUUUGAUGGAAAUGUUUAUCAGAGCACAAACUGCCUAUGUUUAAUGUGCCAUGGAUUCAGACACAUUGUCAUGUCGCAUGUGCAGUGAAUUGUAAACUGAUAUACAAAUAAACUGCAUUAAAGGUG